AUGGUUGAUUUGGAGAGCGAAGUGCCUCCUCUGCCUCCCAGGUACAGGUUUCGGGAUUUGCUGCUAGGGGACCAAGGAUGGCAAAACGACGACAGGGUACAAGUUGAAUUCUAUAUGAAUGAAAACACAUUUAAAGAGAGACUAAAGUUAUUUUUUAUCAAAAACCAGAGGUCAAGUCUAAGAAUUCGUCUAUUCAAUUUUUCUCUCAAAUUAUUAAGCUGUUUAUUAUACAUAAUCCGAGUGCUACUAGAAAACCCUUCACAAGGAAAUGAAUGGUCUCAUAUCUUUUGGGUGAACAGAAGUCUACCUUUAUGGGGCUUACAGGUUUCAGUGGCAUUGAUAAGUCUAUUUGAAACAAUACUACUUGGUUAUCUCAGUUAUAAGGGAAACAUCUGGGAACAGAUUUUACGAAUACCCUUCAUCUUGGAAAUAAUUAAUGCAGUUCCCUUCAUUAUCUCAAUCUUCUGGCCCUCCUUAAGGAAUCUGUUUGUCCCAGUCUUUCUAAACUGUUGGCUUGCCAAACAUGCCUUGGAAAAUAUGAUUAAUGAUCUGCACAGAGCCAUACAGCGUACCCAGUCUGCAAUGUUUAAUCAAGUUUUGAUUUUAAUAUCUACAUUACUAUGCCUUAUCUUCACUUGCAUUUGUGGAAUCCAACAUCUUGAACGGAUAGGAAAGAAGCUGAAUCUCUUUGACUCCCUUUAUUUCUGCAUCGUGACAUUUUCUACUGUGGGCUUUGGGGAUGUCACGCCUGAAACCUGGUCCUCUAAGCUUUUUGUUGUUGCCAUGAUCUGUGUUGCUCUUGUGGUUCUACCCAUACAGUUUGAACAGCUGGCCUAUUUGUGGAUGGAGAGACAAAAGUCAGGUGGAAACUAUAGUCGACAUAGAGCUCAAACUGAGAAGCAUGUUGUUUUGUGUGUCAGUUCACUGAAGAUUGAUUUACUUAUGGACUUUUUAAAUGAAUUCUAUGCUCACCCAAGACUUCAGGAUUAUUAUGUGGUGAUUUUGUGUCCUACUGAAAUGGAUGUGCAAGUUCGGAGGGUACUGCAGAUUCCAAUGUGGUCACAAAGAGUUAUCUACCUUCAAGGCUCAGCCCUUAAAGAUCAGGAUCUGUUGAGAGCAAAGAUGGAUGAUGCUGAGGCCUGUUUUAUUCUGAGCAGCCGUUGUGAAGUGGAUAGGACAUCAUCUGACCAUCAAACAAUUUUGAGAGCAUGGGCUGUAAAAGAUUUUGCUCCAAAUUGCCCUUUGUAUGUCCAGAUAUUGAAGCCUGAAAAUAAAUUUCAUAUCAAAUUUGCUGAUCAUGUUGUUUGUGAAGAAGAGUUUAAAUACGCCAUGUUAGCUUUAAACUGUAUUUGCCCAGCAACAUCUACACUUAUUACACUUCUGGUUCAUACCUCUAGAGGGCAAGAAGGCCAGCAGUCACCAGAACAGUGGCAGAAGAUGUAUGGUAGAUGCUCUGGCAAUGAAGUAUACCACAUUGUUUUGGAAGAAAGUACAUUUUUUGCUGAAUACGAAGGGAAGAGUUUUACAUAUGCCUCUUUUCAUGCGCACAAAAAGUUUGGCGUCUGCUUGAUUGGUGUUCGGAGGGAGGAUAAUAAAAACAUUUUGCUGAAUCCAGGUCCUCGAUGUAUUAUGAAUGCUACAGAUAUAUGUUUUUAUAUUAAUAUUACCAAAGAAGAGAAUUCAGCAUUUAAAAACCAAGACCAGCAGAAAAAAAGCAAUGUAUCAAGGUCAUUUUAUCAUGGACCUUCUCGAUUACCUGUACAUAGCAUAAUUGCCAGCAUGGGUACGGUGGCUAUAGACUUGCAAGACACAAGCUGUAGAUCAACAAGCGGCCCCACCCUGUCUCUUCCUACAGAGGGAAGCAAAGAAAUCCGAAGACCUAGCAUUGCCCCCGUUUUAGAGGUUGCAGAUACAUCAUCUAUUCAAACAUGUGAUCUUCUAAGUGAUCAAUCAGAAGAUGAAACUACACCAGAUGAAGAAAUUUCUUCAAACUUAGAAUAUGCUAAAGGCUACCCACCUUACUCUCCAUAUAUAGGAAGUUCACCCACUUUUUGUCAUCUCCUUCAUGAAAAAGUGCCAUUUUGCUGCUUAAGACUAGACAAGAGUUGCCAGCAUAACUACUAUGAGGACGCAAAAGCCUAUGGAUUCAAAAAUAAGCUAAUUAUAGUUGCAGCUGAAACAGCUGGAAAUGGAUUGUAUAAUUUUAUUGUUCCUCUCAGGGCAUAUUAUAGACCAAAGAAAGAACUUAAUCCCAUAGUACUGCUAUUGGAUAACCCGCCAGAUAUGCAUUUUCUGGAUGCAAUCUGUUGGUUUCCAAUGGUUUACUACAUGGUGGGCUCUAUUGACAACCUAGAUGAUUUACUCAGGUGUGGAGUGACUUUCGCUGCCAACAUGGUGGUUGUGGACAAAGAGAGUACCAUGAGUGCCGAGGAAGACUACAUGGCAGAUGCCAAAACGAUUGUAAACGUGCAGACCCUUUUCAGGUUGUUUUCCAGUCUCAGUAUCAUCACAGAGCUUACUCACCCAGCCAACAUGAGAUUCAUGCAAUUCAGAGCCAAAGACUGUUACUCUCUUGCUCUUUCAAAACUGGAAAAGAAAGAACGAGAGAAAGGUUCUAAUUUGGCCUUUAUGUUUCGACUUCCUUUUGCUGCUGGGAGGGUGUUCAGCAUCAGUAUGUUGGACACACUUCUGUAUCAGUCAUUUGUAAAGGAUUAUAUGAUUUCUAUCACCAGACUUCUGUUGGGAUUGGAUACUACACCAGGAUCAGGGUUUCUUUGCUCUAUGAAAAUCACUGAGGAUGACCUAUGGAUCAGAACUUAUGCCAGACUUUACCAGAAGUUGUGCUCUUCUACUGGAGAUGUUCCCAUUGGGAUCUACAGGACUGAGUCCCAGAAACUUACUACAUCUGAGUCUCAAAUAUCUAUCAGUGUAGAAGAGUGGGAAGACACCAAAGACUGCAAAGAACAAGGUCAUCACCGAAGCAACCACCGCAACUCAACAUCCAGCGACCAGUCAGACCAUCCCUUGCUGCGGAGAAAGAGCAUGCAGUGGGCCCGAAGACUGAGCAGAAAAGGUCCAAAACACUCUGGUAAAACAGCUGAGAAAAUAACCCAGCAGCGACUGAACCUCUACAGGAGGUCAGAAAGACAAGAGCUUGCUGAACUUGUGAAUAAUAGAAUGAAACACUUGGGUCUUUCUACAGCGGGAUAUGAUGAAAUGAAUGAUCAUCAAAGUACCCUCUCCUACAUCCUGAUUAACCCGUCUCCAGAUACCAGGCUAGAGCUGAAUGAUGUUGUAUACUUAAUCCGACCAGAUCCGCUGGCAUACCUUCCAAACAGUGAACCCAGUCGAAAAAACAGCAUCUGCAAUACCACAGGUCAAGACUCUCGGGAGGAAACUCAACUUUGA